UUACUGUCCUGUUAUGAACCCCGUGCUACUUCCAUACUCAUUAAAUGAGACAACAUGGCGACGGAAACAGAAGUGAAGAGCGAGAUGUCGGAGGACAGCAAAAAGGGUACGCUGGAAAUUCUGCUCGGCGAGCUGGGCUCGUUUGGUCGUUUCCAGAUAAUCAUGAUGAAUUGUCUCUUUAUACCGAAAGCUCUCAUUGGAUUUAGCCUUGUUCUCCCUUCGUUCACUGGCGUGCCUCCUGAUUGGUGGUGUGUACCUGCUGGCGACAACAACAACACAUCGCAGCACACGAACGAAACAUUCAAAGUUUGUAGUGUCAAUGGUACUGAAUGCAUCCGAGAGUACGGCUCCAAUAUGGUGACAACCGUUUCCGAGUGGGAUCUCGUGUGUGAAAACAGGUGGGUGACGAAGACCAUCACGUCAAUCCAGAUGGCGGGAAUUCUGGUGGGCGUGGUCAUCGCGGGUCAAAUGUCAGACUCGUUCGGACGUAAGAAGAUCUUCUUCUUGGCGGUGCUCAUGCAUUCGCUGUGGAACUUCAUUUGUCCCAUUUCCGUCGCUUGGGAGAUGUUCGCAGUGCUGAGGUUCCUCAUUGGUAUAACCGGCGGAAUGAUUCUGUGCUCGAGUUUUCCGUACAUGCUGGAGUUUGUUGAAGAAAGAUGGCGUCCUAUCCUGACGGCGAUUCCCUAUUGGCCAAUCGGCGUAGCUUUUGUCGCACUGCUGGCCUGGCUGUUACCAAACUGGAAAUACCUACACGUUAUCUGUGGCGCGGCUAACCUUCCAUUCCUCAUUGGAUAUUUUUUUCUGCCCGAGAGCAUGCGGUGGUUGGUGGUACACGACAGGGUGGAUGAGGCGGAGAAAGUGGCGAACACUAUCGCCAGGUACAACCGAGUGAAAAUACCUGACGAUGUACGCAAACGUCUCCAGGCGGUGGCUGAUGAGGAGAAAAGUGGACAGCAAACUACCAAGAAGUAUUCAUACAUCGACGUAUUCCGCGGGAAAACUAUGAUCAAAACGACCAUCUCUUCUAGCUUUGUCUGGUUUAGCUGUUCCAUCGUGUACUACGGCAUGACGUUCGGCGCCCAGGGUCUGAGCGGAAACCUCUACCUGAACAUCUUCCUCCUCACCAUCGUCGAGGUGCCAUCGUUUGCGUCGACAUUUUGGCUUCUUCGCAUAUUUGGUCGAAAGUGGACAACUAUCACUUUUCUCUUUAUUGGUGGUUUGUCUUUGGUGGGUACGGUGGUUACCAAUAGGGUUGCUGGACCAGACUAUAAAGACCAGCUGAUCACUGCCAUGGCUCUGCUAGCCAAGAUGGCGAUUGGUGGGGCCUGGAUGAUCAUGUUUACGUACACCAACGAGCUGUACCCCACAGUCGUCAGAACAAUUGGUUUUGGUGUGAGUCAGACCUGCUCACGGGUAGGAGGGAUCGUGGCGCCUAUGAUUCUGUUGAUGGACGGAGAUAACAUCAUCGUCCCCUACGUGACAAUGGGUGCGCUCAUCAUCAUUAGCGCCACCUGUCUAUUUUUGUUGCCGGAGACCAAAGGGAGACCACUCGAGGACACGUUGAAAGCGAAACCGAAAGUUGAACUUGUGAGAAUACGUAAGAAGGAGGAGGGCAAGAUGUCUGAAAUUAAUAACCCGGAAGCACAUGAUAAUGCUGUAUAAAUGGGAGAUCUACACACACACACGAAAGCUAAAAUUUAGAAUUCGUCAUUGCUAAGCUGAUCUUAAAUAUAUUUAAUAAAAAAUAUUUGCUGUGACGAAGAUGCAUGAGUGGACCUAAAGGAUGUAGAAAGUGUGGUUCUUUCUACAUCCAGAUAGUGUUACAUACCCUAUAUAUAGCUGGUAUUCAAAACUUGUGGCACCAUCUUUCAACCGCUUCUCAACCAAAAUAGUGCAACAAAUGGACCCACAAACGAAAAAUGUAUAACCUACUAUACUCACUAAAUCCUGAUUGAAGUACUUGCAUCAUUAUUAACAAACUAAAUCUUCCAACAACAUAAACCAAUUUCCCCGCCAUUUUAAAUUUACUACAUAGAGGGAAAAGAAACAAAGAAAUGUUUUAUUUAACGACGCACUCAACACAUUUUAUUUACGGUUAUAUGGCGUCAGACAUAUGGUUGAGGAC